GACUGGAGAUCGAGUGGGGUUGGCAAUAUCACAGGUGCUCAGUCUACUGGGCAUAUUGCAAUAUGGAGUGAGAGGAAGUACCGAUGUUAUGAAUCAGCUAACUUCUGUGGAGCGUAUAUUAAAUUAUGGUCAAUUGGAGCCUGAACCACAGCCAGAAGUGCCACAAAAAGUCUCAUCAGAUUGGCCACCAAAAGGGAGGAUUGAAUUCAAACGUGUUUCAUAUCGUUAUUCGGCUGAUGAUGAACCAGUUUUACGCGGAUUGUCAUUCUCUGUGGCACCCAAAGAGAAAGUUAGUAUCGUCGGCAGAACAGGAGCUGGUAAGUCAUCAUUGAUCAGUUCGAUCUUUCGAUUGGCAAUCGUCGAUGGCGACAUACUUUUGGACGAAAUUAACACAUCGUCGGUUGAUUUGAAUGUAUUGAGAUCGAGAAUAUCGAUUAUACCCCAAGAGCCAACUCUUUUUUCGGGCACUUUGAGAAGGAAUUUGGAUCCAUUCGAAGAGUAUUCAGACGAUGAUAUUUGGAAUGCGCUUGAUAAUGUUGAGCUAAAGGAAUUUGUAUCGAAAAAUACCGGAUUGCAAAUGCCCGUUUUGGCUCACGGGCAGAAUUUAAGUACAGGCCAAAGACAAAUCUUAUGCUUGGCUCGAGCGAUCUUGAAGAAAAAUCGUAUCAUUAUCCUUGAUGAAGCGACAGCAAAUGUCGAUCUACAAACGGAUGAAAUGAUUCAAAAGACAAUGCGAGAGAAAUUUACUGGCGCAACAGUCAUAACAGUGGCUCAUCGACUCAAUACCGUUAUCGAUUCAGAUCGAGUAUUGGUUAUGGAUGAUGGCGUCGCAAUGGAAUUUGAUGCACCAUACCUAUUGAUGCAAAAAGAAGACGGAGCUUUUCGAAAUAUGGUUGAAGCACUUGGACAACAAGAAUACAAUCGUUUAUAUUCAAGAGCAAAAGAUACAUUUGAAAAAAAAGGCAAAACUAAUGUCAGAUGUGUUUAGCAAAUAAAAAUUGUGAAGUGUGAACUCAAAUACAAACACAAAAAAUGUUGGACAUUUCAACUUUAAGUUGUCAUUUACAUAACCUAGAUCUUUUCAGUGUAGUUUAAAUGUACCACAUCUGCAUAUUAACCAAGAAACCAUUGU